CCUUCACCAGCUCGCAACCGGUCAUUCUAUUGAUACACAGAAGAUCUACAAUCCACGAUGCUGCUCAGAUUCCAGAUCAGUCGCAUUGCGCCUCGAGCGUUUGCGUUCAAGCCCGCUUACUUCUCGACCUCGGCGCCCGCGGCGUACGACCACAUCCUCGUUUCCAACCCCGCAGCCGGCGUAGGCCAGGUGACCUUAAACCGUCCGAAAGCGCUCAAUGCGCUGUUCACACCGCUUAUCGUCGAGCUGAACGAUGCGAUGAAGAAGUUUGAUGCAGAUCCUGAGGUUGGCGCGAUUGUGAUUACGGGAUCGGAGCGCGCGUUCGCGGCGGGUGCGGAUAUCAAGGAGAUGAAGGAUAAGAGUUAUGCGGAUGUGUACGGCGAGCAGUUUAUUCAGAGCUGGAGCGAGGCUACGAAGGUUAAGAAGCCGGUUCUUGCUGCUGUGAAUGGGUAUGCGCUUGGCGGUGGUUGCGAGUUGGCUAUGAUGGCAGAUAUCAUUUACGCCGGCGAGAAAGCUGUUUUUGGACAGCCCGAGAUCAAACUAGGCAUCAUCCCCGGUGCGGGCGGAACGCAGCGUCUCACGCGCGCAAUCGGCAAAGCGCGAGCAAUGGAGUACAUUCUCACCGGCAAGAACUUCACCGCGCAGCAGGCUCUUGAGUUUGGUCUUGUGGCUGCAGUGUUCCCGCCCGAGAAACUCGUGGACGAGACGGUGAAGACGGCGGGCGAGAUCGCUGCGAACGGACGGCUGGCGGUGCAGGCUGCGAAGGAGGCGAUCAAUUAUGGCUUGCAGGUCGGGUUGGAGGACGGGCUUGUUUAUGAGCGUCGGUUGUUCCAUGGGUUGUUUGCUACUGAGGAUCAGAAGGAGGGGAUGGCUGCUUUUGUUGAGAAGCGCAAGGCUGUGUUUAAGGGUAAAUAAGAGUGGGAUUGAGAGGUACAAAAUGAACAAUGGAUAC